AUGAUAGAGGCGACGCUGGAAACGCUGCUCCUCUCGGGGGCGGUGUUGUGUUGGUUUGGCUGGCGCAGGCGGCCAAACGCCACGCGGACCAUCGAACUCCACACGGACGGCGUUCUCUACUGCUUUGACGAGCCCCAAAACUCCAUGGCGAAGAACCUGCGUGAGCGUCUCUUUCUCCUUGGCUCGCGCGUGGUGGACUGUGGCACGCACCGUGGCCGACUCUGCUUCGGCCUGGAGCUCGCGGACCCAUCGAGUGUGGAGCAGCUGCGGCCUACGGGGCUCUUCACCUCGCUACGGACGUCAGCCUCGGCCAGCUCACUGCACGGCGAGGGGGCCGCGCCCAGGGGAUGUGUGGCACUCUUCUUUUUAGGAGACAAACUGCUCAAGUGGAGGUUUAUUUACCACCUACGCCUUGCGGCGCGAUCGCUGCCGCCAUUUUCGCAGGAGCAGAAGAAGCAGCUGACAUCCCCUUCGACCGACGGAUCGCCUGAUGAGGGUGAAGGCAGCGGCGUCUACCGGUUGCUGUGGCGUCCGCCUAGAGUCAUCGACGUGACAGGGGACGAUCCGUUGGAGAUGCAUGAGGUGGAGCAGCUGGAGGACGUCCUGCGCCGGUAUGAGGCACAGAAGCAGUUAAGGCAGGAAGAGGAAGAGAAGGAAGACAGGGAGGAGAGUCUCUGCGACUCCACGGUGGUCGGCGAGGGUGAGAAGAUAGAGGCGCCUGAGCGGCUUACGCAUUCGCCACUCUACGCGCCCUGUAUUGCGCCCAAGCCGGCGAACCAGGAAUGUGCCGAUUGUGGUGAAAAAUGGCCCACGUGGGCUGUAAUGAGGCCCUUUGGCUGCUUUGUUUGUAUCAAUUGUGUCGGUGUGCACCGACAGCUGUGGCCGCAGCGCUGUCGCGAGGUGCAGCUGGACAGCUGGAGCGCCGCCGACAUGGAUUUCAUGGUCAAACGCGGUAACGACGUGGUGAAUGACGAGCUCGAGUAUGCUGGAUUUUACUUUAGCAGUGGGAAGGCCGUUUGUAAGCCGGUGGGUGGCUUCUCCCGGCGCGAGGUGCGGGAGGAGUACAUCACUCUGAAGUAUGAGGGGGCGUUUACGAGGGAGCGUAAUCCCCAUGUGCAACAGGCCGUGCCGCCGCCGCCAGAUUUAGAUGCACAGGGUAGCGUGGGUCUGAGCCAGAACGGGGCCCUAAGUCACGACGGCCCGCCGCGGUACAUUGGUGUGGCGUAUAUUGCUGCUCGUGAGGUGAAUGGCAUACGCAGCAGCGGCGCCGUCUUAUCGUUGACGAACGGGUUUCAGGAGUUGCGUAGCCGCGCCGGUGUGGUUCCUGGCGGUCCCGUCACCGGCGACCCCUGCAACGCCUGUACGCGCUGGGAAGAGACCUUUCAGCUGGGCGUCUACUCCGUCACCGCCCCGCUCUACAUCGCGCUCUACAGCAGCGGCGACGAGUUGCUCGGUGUCGCCGAGUGGACGCUCCCCGACGGCGUCGUGGCGUCGGGCGGUGGGUCCGAGCCUCUGACGCUGCCGCUGCUCUGGUGCGUGCCGGGUGAGGCGUCCGCGUGGCCGCGGCUGAACGUCUUUGGUGGGGAGCGCCAGCGCCGGCAGCGGGCCAGUCGGGAAUGGCGCCAGCCGUUGCUGAGCCUCACCGUCUCGUUUGCCCACUUUGGGUGA